AUGUCAGAAGAGGACAAAGCCAGAAAAUUAGAGAAUUUGUUGAAGUUAUUACAGUUGAAUAAUGGCGAUACUUCCAAACUUACUCAAGAGCAGAAAAAGGCUAUGAAAGACCACAAAUUUUGGAGAACGCAACCGGUAAAGGAUUUCAAUGAAAAAGUAGAGAAAGAAGGCCCCAUUGAUAAACCAAAGACGCCAAAAGAUAUUUCUGAUAAACCGUUACCUUUAUUGUCUAGUUUUGAAUGGUGCAGUAUUGACGUGGACAAUAAGAAGCAGCUCGAAGAUGUCUUCGUCCUGCUAAAUGAGAAUUACGUGGAAGACCGCGAUGCAGGCUUCAGAUUCAACUAUACCAAAGAAUUUUUCAACUGGGCGCUAAAAAGUCCAGGCUGGAAGAAGGAUUGGCAUAUUGGUGUUCGCGUUAAAGAAACGCAGAAACUAGUUGCUUUCAUCUCAGCCAUCCCGGUAACACUGUGCGUUAGAGGUAAAAAACUUCCCAGCGUGGAAAUCAAUUUCUUGUGUGUUCACAAACAACUAAGAUCUAAGAGGUUGACCCCUGUUCUAAUCAAAGAAAUUACUAGACGUGUCAACAAAUGUGAUAUCUGGCAUGCGUUGUACACAGCAGGUGUUGUUUUACCAGCACCCGUAAGUACAUGUCGUUAUACACAUCGUCCCUUAAACUGGAAGAAACUUUAUGAAGUAGAUUUCACAGGUUUACCAGACGGAUAUACAGAGGAGGAUAUGAUUUCCGAGAAUGCGUUACCAAGCAAAACAAGGACAGUUGGAUUGAGAAGGUUGAAGGAGGAAGAUAUUGACCAAGCCUUUGAGUUGUUCAAUAGAUAUCAGUCGAGAUUCGAGCUAAUUCAAAUUUUUACCAAGGAAGAAUUUAAGCACUAUUUUAUUGGUGAAGAAUCAUUAUUGUUGGAUAAGCAAGUGGUUUUUUCGUAUGUCGUAGAACAACCAGAUGGAAAAAUCACAGACUUCUUCUCAUUCUACUCAUUGCCAUUCACAAUCCUAAAUAACAAAAAAUACAAGGACUUGGGCAUCGGGUACUUGUAUUAUUAUGCCACUGAUGCUGAUUUCCACUUCAAAGACAGGUUCGAUCCGAAAGCUACCAACGCUUUGGAAAAAAGAUUGCGCGAAUUGAUUUAUGAUGCAUGCAUCUUGGCCAAGAAUGCUAAUAUGGAUGUUUUCAACGCCUUGACCUCACAAGAUAAUACGUUGUUCUUGGAUAGUUUGAAGUUCGGGCCUGGUGAUGGGUUCUUGAAUUUUUAUUUGUUCAACUACAGAGCAAACCCAAUUACAGGCGGUUUGAAUCCCGACAAUAGCAAUGACUUGGAAAGGCGCAGUAAUGUCGGUGUUGUAAUGUUGUAG